AUGAUUAUCAAAAUUGUGGUCGCUUCAAUACUCAUAAAUGCUGCGAGCGUCUUUGCUAAGAUUGAUACCAAGCAAGAUAUGAAGAUAACUCUCCAAAAAUACGAAAAGGAAGCUCUAGGAGAUUGGGAAGCCCUAGUAAGACUGGAUGCCACGAAGUCCAGUGCCAGCCUGCGAUCCUUGGGUCGGAAAUGCCAUCCACAAAAGCACCAUCAGGCGAGCAAAUGGAGACAAGACCAAUAUAGGCCCCUUCGGAAUGCCUUCCCUGCCUUCACGAACAGUAACUUUCGCAGCUUUCCGGGAGACAUCGACGUGCUUCAGGCAGGCUGCAUCUUCCGCGAAGGGCUGGCCUUGCCACCAGGCCAUACCCUGACGCCAGAAAUAGAAGAGAUUACCCUCCUAAUCAACUGUCCACAAGUCUGUGCCCCUUGGCUCGGACAGAACGGGGUCCAAAGUGAGGACAUUGACCUUUUGAUCAUGAUUAAAUCAAAGGGAUCGGAAGUUUGGCCUCGAGACGUACUUCGCAGAGGAUGGCUAAACAACAGUUGUUGGGCGGGUCGCAAUGUCCGACAUGUCUUUCUGCUUGGCAGAGAAAGUCCAAACCGUUAUAGGGACAUGCGAGAGCAAAAGUUAAAACAAGAAUCGAAUAAAUACGGAGACAUUGUGAUGCUAAAUUUCCUCGAAUCAUACCACAACAAUACGUAUAAGCUAAUUCUGGGCUAUGCUUGGCCACUGGCUUUUUGCAAAAGUGCACGCUGGGUGCUUUAUGCAGAUAGUGAUAUGUUCAUACAUUCGGGAAACUUGCUAGGCCUACUGAGUGAAAUCAGUCCAGAAGCGGGUGCCCGAAUGGUGGUGGGGAAUAUCCAAAGUAGCAUGCAUGCCAUGAGAGCUAAAAAGGACAGAAAAAGUAAAUGGGAUAUGCCUAAUAGUGAAUAUCCCUACAAUCUAUACGAACAAUAUCCUUCCGGUGGCUCAUACAUCAUCGGGUUCCAGGUACUCUUAGACAUUUAUCUUGCUACACGCUUCACCAAGCUCAUUCGAAUCGACGACGCAUUCAUCGGACUAGCCCUAAAGAAGUUGCAGAUCGCACCUUGGCACACAGAAGGCUUGGUAAGAAGAGCAGCGUUUGAAAUAAAUGAAACAGAUAUCAUUUCCUUUCACCAGGGCAGAUCUUUGAAUGUUCAACUAGCGCUGUGGAAGAGUCUCCAGCUAGAUAAGCUCUGUGUGACCGCAAGAUGA